AUGGCUGGCCCAGCUAUGAUUGGCACUCUACAUGCGGUGCUGCUGUGCAGCAGCGAAUCGGAUGAGAUCUUCAAUACUUUCCAGGGAGACCUGACCCUCCUUGGAACACCCAAAUAUCUCGGUUCUGAUGCCGGGGCCGUCUCACUACAUGACCUGGCGCUUUGUCGUGGAUGGGACAUCUAUGACUGGAUUAUUGGACCUAUUGAAGACUUGAUGGGUGCCAUGACGGCAUAUCUGGAUAUAUAG